GUUUGCUGGCCCGCGACCUUACGUCAGCUUAAAAUGAGCUGAUGCGUGUAGGUCGCACUGGCCGACGGCUGUUCUAGCAGACUCCACACUACGGAAUUCUCCAUGGCCGCCGUAUGUAGUGUUGUUGUAGCAGUCGGCGGCAUUUUCGUCUCGAUAGGUCAUGGAACGUUGCCGUGUGUCCCGUGUGACGCCGUUAACGACAUCCGUACAUUUCCCGUCACCAACGACAUGGAUCGUUCCUGGUACGAGGAACGCAGUAAAAAGUAGUUCUAGACAGUAGCGGUGUGCAAGAAGGCGACAAGACGAGAACGAAAUGAAGAGUCAGCAACGGACGGAGAAAAACAAUUGUUCGGUUCGUUUGACGGGGAAAUUGUGUCCCAAUUGCAGCUGUCGAUUCGAAACGACUUCAGAGAAUUAGUGCCGUUAACGGAUUGCAAGAGGAAACGGCCUGCGGUUAUUGCCGAUCCGAGUUAUUAAGGUUCAACUUGCAGCCGCGGCUUUCGGGUUUGACUUUGAUAAAUCUGUGACAUUUACAAAAUCUGUCGAGUCCUUCCUGCCCCAGGAGUUUCAGAAACUUACUUGGUUUUCAAGAGUCUCGAGGGCUCUUUCGGUUUUUAUCUCCUUGGGAAGAUCAAUUCAAUACUCUUCAUCCAUCAGUGAUACACAUGGAUGAUCCAGACCAUUUGUCAUAUCUCCUAGUCGACAAUGUCCGACUUGGCGAGUCUGUUCGUUUAAAGGUACAUCAUUUCAAGCUACCGCCAACGGACAGGCCCAAAGUAGCGUCAGAAAAGCCGACAAAACUUUACUUGGAAUUGAAGAAUGUUUUGUCGCCUGUGUACUCAGCUCGUAUAUCCGGGCCUUUUAGUCUCAGCGUGUCUGUGUACAACGAGCAUUGGAAGAACGCACAUGGUCCAGCAGCAUUAGCAGAUCCAAAUGCAGAGUAUGACCCGUGCAGCGGAAAGGGCUCGGGGACAGCACUGGCCAGCGAAGCGACAUCCCCCAAUGUGCCUUCUAACGAGGAAACUCGCGCUCAUGGAAGAACGUGCAACGCGCCAUGCAAUGCAUUCUACAAGUUUAAAACGAAUCUCGUUCCUCAUCACACGUUGGUCGCUGAGCUGGACGAACGGCUGUUUGUGGACAGCACAGUUACAAUUGACAUUGUCAGCCAGAUGCUCUUCUCCAAAAACGCUCCAAUCCGGUUUCGUGUGACGCUGUCGAAUUCGAAGCACGGAGCUGAGGCCGUUGUUGCUCGUCACCGGCGCAAAAAGCUUACCUCAAUCGUCGACCUUGGCGCCCAUUGGCGUGUCGAUGUGCAGCAUUCUGAAGACAUCUGGGCAUCGUCUAGUUCUCCCAGUAUACCCCUCUAUGCACCUGAGCCGCCACGCCAUCUCGUCGUAAUUACGCACGGGUUGGCAUCGAACACGUACGCUGACAUGUUGUACCUGCGAGAUGCCAUUGAGACGUACUGCCGCAACUCGGGCUACCCCGAUGAUGUCUGCGUUCGGGGCUUCCCCGGUAACCGUUGCAAUACGUUUCGGGGUGUACGAUGGCUCGGGAAACGAGUUGGGCAGUGGAUGUUGCAGGAGACCCAGUGGCCUAAUCCAGUAUACUCACGCAUAAGCAUGAUCGGACACUCGUUGGGUGGGCCUGUCCAGGCAUUCGCAGCUGGCUAUGUUCAUCGUAAAACCAAUGGUGAGUUCUUUAAGCGAAUUCAGCCUGUCCAUCUCAUUACGCUCGCCUCGCCCUGGCUCGGCGUGACGUUCGAGAAUCCAGUGUACUUCAAGCUGGCACUCAGCUGUGGCAUCAUUUGGCAAACUGGCCGUGAUCUUGGAUUGGUGCAGGAGCCGAAUAUCGAAUACACAAUGUCUCCCACAGCGAAAACUGUUCGCACAAAGAAGCCGCUGUUAUUGCUCAUGUCACAACCAACAUCACCUGUUCAUCAAGCCAUUCGCAUGUUCCAACAUCGGACCGUUUAUUCAAACUUGUACAACGACGGCAUUGUGCCGUUGCGUACAAGCUGCUUGCUACUGCUCGACUAUGAUUCGAUUCGACUGAACCAUCGUUCUCUGCUUCAUUCCUCUGUCACGGGAUCGAUGAGGAGGAGUGAUGCUGCUGCUGCUGCUGCAGUCCAGGAGCAAAGUGGAGCGUCGAGCUCUGCAUCGUCGACACGAGCAAGUGAAGACGUGUAUGAACAGCAUUACAACGUGCUUCUCAACGAAAUUCACAGUUUAAGGCUGUCGAGCGAGACCAACUGUAGGUACAUCGAUUCACAUGCAUACGAAACGGUUCGUCAGGCAGAUGAACAGGUGCGACGCAGUGAAGUUAAUGGAGUCCAUGUUGAUAUGGCAUUGGAAAAGCGUGCAUCAAAGGUGAAGCGUAAAAAGCGCCAUCGGAAUGUAUUUUGUAUUCGGAGAAGGGACCGUCGAGAAGGCAGAGAAUGGGUUCACAAACGGUACAACUUUUUUGAAUCCACUGCACGGGUACUUGUCCCAAAAGUCCCAAAAGCGAAUUUUUUGUUAACGCGGCAUCGAGAAAACCCUGUUGUGCAUGAAAAGGUUUAUCAUCCAUAUGAGGUGAAGCACCUCCUGCAGGAUACGGACAGUCGCUGGACGGAACGUUGGACGGCAAUGGAACGUUUAAUGGCUACGAACUGGCACUGCGACAUGACAUGGCGCAAAGUGGUCGUCAAUUUACAGCCCGAUGCACAUAACAAUAUCGUCGUUCGGCGGUUGUUCAACAAUGCCUUCGGUUGGCCGGUGAUUGACCAUAUGGUCAAGACUGUUUUCGGAGAGAACAGUCGACUGAUGUCAUCGGAUUGUAUUUAUUCAACAGAGUAGAUGUAUGGCGCUGUGAGGAAUUGACAGCGUCAUUUAUAAUGACCUGCAUGGCGCAUUAAUAUAUAGGUGUGCCUUAUAUUAUUAUGUAUUAUCUUUUUGGUUAAUGAAUAUAGAAAUGAAUAUUACAGCAAUACAUACAAUUGCGGUUUAAGAG